AUGCACUACAAUGAAGAAGUGACCAGAGCACAGAGGAAGGAGGGGUUUGUACUGACGGGACCUUCUGUGCUGGGGAUCUUGGAGAGCAAGGACGGCUACACCUACUCCUGCAAGCUUAGAUCAAGACGAUCCAGUUUCAAUCCAAAGCCGGAGGAAGCCGAAGUGGCCGCGUCACCCCCACCCAGUGCCACUCUGGCCCCCAGUGCCACCGGCUCCACCCAGCCGCUCUCUGCCUGUGCACCCCGAGCUGGGGGCUCCUUCGAAAUCCAUCCGGCCCCCAAGCCCGACUUGGCUGCCAUCCCAGCCCACGACCUGCAGGCCCAGGCCCUGGCCAAGCUGCGCCUGAAUUCGCGCAAUUCCUUCCUCUUCGUGCCCCGCCGGGAGGGCGGCCCGGCUCUGCCCCCAGCCCAGAGCGCCAGGCCGGUGCCACCGCCACCGUCCUCGGAGAAGGCACCGAAGGAGCCCCCGAGGGCUUCCGCCCCGGAGCAGGAAGAGCCUGUCGCUUCCCCACCGGCGCCUCUGGAUCCGUUGGUACCUGUGACUUACAUUGAUGACAUUGUGGAGCCGGACAGCGGGGAGCUUUCUCCCAGGGCUGGCUCGGCUGCGAGAACAGGGAGCUUGGUGGAUCAGCCUGGAGGAGCUGGCCCUGACCUGGAGAUGGAGUUUUCCUCCAUGCCCCUGUACAGACCACACUCUGCCCCCCAGCAGAGGGGAGGCAGCACCUUCACUGUUGUGCCCAAAAGGAAGCCCGUUGCCUCGGGGCUGCAGACUCUCACUAAUGCCAGUGGAAGUCCGCAGCGGGAGGAAGAGGAGGAGGAUGAGGAGAGCAAAGGAAAAGGCAAAGCCGUGGAGAACGCUGACGGGCCCCAAGCGGGGAUGUCCCAUAAAAAGCGCUACCCCACGGUGAACGAGAUCGAAGUGAUCGGGGGGUACCUGUCCCUGGAGAGGUCCUGCAUGAGCAAGACAGGCUCCCGCCGCAAGAAGAUGAAGAUCUCUUUCAAUGAGACAAGUUUGCAGACUAUGUUUGAGUACCCAUCAGAGAGCUCACUGGCAGAAGAAGAAGAGGAGGAAGAAGAAGAAGAUUCUUCUGAAACAGAGGAGGACAAGUCUUGCACCUUUUACAUUCCACGCCCAAAUAGCACUUUGCAUCCCAGUACACCUAACUCAGCAGAUUUAUCCAGCUACACCCCAAAGCACUCUGUGAAGUUCAGCGAGUGGCAGGAGCAGAAAUAUGAGGAGAUGCCUGCCACAGAGGGACCCCUCCCAAAGGAAGCUGAUUCCCAGGGGAACCAUGUCAUGCUCACCCCAGCAGAGAAGGGCGGACUCUCCGAUUUCAGCAGCGAGCCUGCUCUGUAUUUUUGAUCGCUUCACCUUCUAGCCUGCAGCAGCGGCUGCUGGACAAAACGUGUCAGUGCACCUUCCAAAUGUCCAUGCAAGCACCACGGAAAUAAGCUUCUGGGUCCCUCCCUCACCACAGUUUUCGCUGGAUCCUGAUGCCAAGGGUGGACUAGAUGCUAUUGGGCAUCUUUGGAGAAUAUUUGCACUGGAUUCUGGGACCUAACUACUACUUUUAAGAUGUAUGAUUUAUUCUACCUGUGGCCUUGCAUAUUCCUUGUUCAAGAUCAGCUGCCGAUUAGGCAAGCGUCCUAAGAACAGAUCUGUAAUCCCGGGAUGGAUGUAGAUUCUCUCAGUGCUUAUCUGAGUCCGUCCAUCCAGGCACUGAAUGGGGUCUGGACGGCUUUUGUAAUACUUCUCCCAUCAGAGGCCCCAGUGAAGAACAGUUCUAGAGUUGGAGCACUGGGAGUAUCUGGGCAGUUAGCUGGAUUCACAGAAGUGGUUGUGAUUUGAAAGCUAGAUUGGGUGUCAGUUUGGAAAACCAUUGAAGGUUCAUGGUUUGUUCUUGGCAUGUUUCUGGGUCUAGUUUCACUGAACCAUCGUGGAAUUGAUGUGCCAGUUACGUUCUUGUGAAGGAAACUGAACGCACUGUGUGAGGGAUGGGAAGGGGAAUAAAUGCCUUUAGCUUUAGGUGUCAUUUUUGCACUGAUAUGUAAAGAAGUGUCCAGACUGGCUUGAGCCUCUUGAAGAUUCCCAAACAUCGGCCACAGCUUUGAUCUGUCCAUACCUGACUCUGGCGUCCAGCCUCGGCACAGCUCUGAUUGUGCUUCAGUUUGCCAGUUCCUCCUGUUGCUUUGUUCCAGCAUCUAACGGGGCCAGGCCCAAGAUUUAUCCGUCUUGGUUGAUGGGGAGGCUUCCUUCUAGCCAUGCUUGCUCUGCUCCUCUAACGCAAAGCACAGGACGGCCAUUUCACUCCUUUAUUCUGCAGAACUUGAACAAGGAAUAUGGGUUUUUUUUCUAGGAUUUUUAUAGUUCUAUUGUAAUUGUUUAAUGCAGCCAAUAUGCAAAAGAAUCUGCUAGACUCUUCCAUUUAAGUUUUCUACUACUGUAAACUCAGGGUCAAAAUUGCACUCUGGAAAAGACAGAACACUGCUGCUAAUGUGAUUUGUACUUCUGGGAUUAAAAGAGAUGCAGUUGGAAUAGAUACAGCCUCUUUGGGCUUCAUGAAAUGAGUGGUACCCCAGCGCGUGGCUCUAUCCAAAGGAACAGGCUGGUAUCUUUGAUUAAAUUUGAUACUUUUAUUGGUUUGUCUAUUAUAUAUAGAUGAUGAAUGUCUAGUCAAGCUGACACUGGUCUAUGAACUGAAAAUGCUCUCCAUACCUUGCACUUGUUCUGGUGUAUAUUGUAGCAGGAGGAGGAAGGUUGUUCUGCUGAAAAACAGCCAGGACUAAAUGUUAGGACAUACCUACUUCUGGCUGUUCUCUUCUUCUGCCCUGGGUGCCUAAAUAUUUCUGGAAAGAUAAUGCAAAAAAAAAAACCAACCCCAAAACUCAGCAGUUUGUUAGAUGUUGGCUGGAGGGGACACAAAGGAACGCUUUCCACCUCCUUGCACUUCUGAGGCUUGUCCUUUUCAAGCUAACUCCCCGCUAACUUUCAAGAUCUGCUCCCCGCGUGACCUCCCAGGAGCAGUACGUGGCUGGCAGUGCAUCUGCGUCUGACGUGACGCAAGUACUGUCGGAAGGAGCAGUGAAUCCCAUGUGCUGAGGCUUCUCCUGAAAUACUUCAGGACAAGAUGCUGAGACUGGGGUAGAGCGAGGAAGAAUGCAGGACUGCUAGUGACUGCUAGACUUAAAGGAUGAGUAAGUUACCAGAUAUGUGGAGUUAAACACUGAGCAGUGCCCACAGCCAGUAGCAGUGCACACAGCCAAAGAAGGUCAGGGACUGUGUUUGAAGAGAAGGUUAUGCACAGCUUUUCUAGUAGAAAAGGUCCCAGUGGGCAUCUUGCACUGUGGACAAGCUCAGGCCAGUUUAAGGCAGCUCUAUUGCUAGAUUUGCAACUUAAAAAAAAUGCAGGUGAUGAAGCAAAAGCUGCCUGCAAUUAAAGUUAGGGGCAAGGUGUCUGAACUAGUCCUGACUUUGUUCUACUGUGGAUCAACGAGGAAUGCUAAAGCCAACAAUAUCCUGCAGCUUGUUCCACUGACUUCAGCCAACUGAAAUGCUGCUCUGGUACUCGGCCUGCUGUUCUCAGUGAAUUAGCCCUGUGCCUACAACUCCUCUGGUGAGGACGGGCUCAGUGGAGGGGUGAGAGCGCAGAGCGUGCUUCUCAACAGGAGCACGUGGUGCCCUGGUGUGCUGCUGACUUCUCUACUCCCUCCAGUUUGCCUGCUCUACCUUGCAGCUGUAAUUUGCACCUCGCUGAGCGCUGCCUUCGCACUUCCCGGCUUUGUACUCUAAUCCCUGUCUGUACCAGAUGAACUCUCAGCUUGUUCUUGGCAAAGCAAGGUGAAUGCUAUUUUGAGGGCAAAAGCAUUAGCUGAUGGGUCACCUCUGUGGAUAUGCUUCAGUAUCACUGUGCUCAAAACAAAGGUUUGGGGGUUUUUUUGUAGAUGCCUACCCUGAUCUCUAGCAUUUGAGGAUUAACUUUAGUAGAUCUCUAACUAAUACCCAAGUGCAUCUGAAAGGAAAAUGUACUUCUGCAAAACAAAGACUUUUAUUAAAUGUGGCAUCCUUGUACCAGAACAGCAGCUGCCCCAGACCAACAGGACUUCCCAGGUUGAAAAGCAAGUUUAGGAAUGCUUUUGUCCACGUGCUUGUUUUUCUUUUUCUUUUGAAGUGCUUUGCGGCUCACUGGCUUUACCAGCAUUCCCAAUUUCUCCCUUCAGGACAUCUAGCAAUGUCUGAGAACUCUCCAGAAUCUGGGAAAGAAAGAAAUAAAAAUAGCUUAUUUUUACAUAAACUAACUGUUUCUCUUACGAGUUCCCUUUGAAUUCAGCUGAUCUACCUUGCAGCAAGAGGGAUUCUCCAGCCCUCACAACAUCUAAUUCUCGGUGACGUAUCAUCCUAUCUCACUGCGGGAAUAGCUGCGGAGGAAUUUCUCUGGUUCGUGCCCGUAUUCUGAAUACGAAACACCUUAAGCAAUUUAUCUAUCUUGGAGCACGAGGCAGAGAACUUCCUGAAGCAGCUGCGGGGUGAACUUUAGUUUGUUAUUAAGGGAGAUGCUGAUACCUGGGCUUUUUAGAUCAGUAUCAAAUUGUGCUCAGCUGACCCAGUUUCAGCUGUCUUCCACUGUUAAAGCUGCACACUUUAGGUUUCUUGCUUAAAGACUAACUCAACUCUACAAUGACCUUAAGUCAGACUUUCCUUUUAUUAAUUUUCUUCUAUUUUUAGCUUAUAUUGUAUAUAAUCUAACACUCCCACUUACUAUGCACUAGGAAGCAAGGCUACAACAGGUUUAGGAGAUCUUGCUGCCUGUCCAUCUCACCAUUUUAAAGUUUUAACACGGUGGACAACUGUAACAAAAUGUGAUAGUAGGGUUGUAGUCCCAAAGAUCAUUUACGUUCCUAUGAACUUGUGGAAAUCACUAAGUGGUCAGAGAAGAGAUGAAGGACGAGACACCAGUAGACCGUGUUGGUGGGAUCUUGCCAUCUUGUCCGAGGAAGGAGGUGGAGUCCUGCGACUGUCACGGGCUGGGGGAAGGCAAGGAGUGCGAUUACAGAGAAGAGGUGUACAUCCACAGGAACGGAACUUUGUUACCGGUUUCUGUUCACAGGACGUCCGCGUUUCCUCUCCUAACCACCUCUGCUUUUUACCUGCUGUGACUGUCUUUUAAUUUCAAUAAACAUGAAUUC